GCGGGGCGCUGCCGGGGCAGUCGGCGCUGAGGCGCGGAGCCGUGCGGGUGGGUUUUGUCGCUGUGCUGCGGCCGCUGCCGCUGCUCUCCCUUCCCUAUGGAAGAAAUGGAAGAGGAGCUGAAAUGCCCGGUGUGCGGCUCCUUUUACCGGGAGCCCAUCAUCCUGCCCUGCUCGCACAACCUGUGCCAGGCGUGCGCCCGCAACAUCUUGGUGCAGACACCGGAGUCGGAGUCUCCGCAGAGCCGUCGCGCCUCGGGCUCGGCCGUCUCCGACUAUGACUACCUGGACCUGGAUAAGAUGAGCCUGUACAGCGAGGCGGACAGCGGCUAUGGCUCCUACGGCGGCUUCGCCAGUGCUCCCACCACCCCUUGCCAGAAGUCCCCCAACGGCGUCCGCGUCUUCCCGCCGACCGCCCCGCCGCCCCCCGCCGCCCUGGCGCCGCCGCCGCCGCCGCGCAACGCCUGCCUCACCUGCCCGCAGUGCCACCGCAGCCUGGUGCUGGACGAGCGCGGGCUGCGGGGCUUCCCCCGCAACCGGCUGCUGGAGGGCGUCAUCGACCGCUACCAGCAGGGCAGGGCGGCGGCUCUGCGCUGCCAGCUCUGCGAGAAAGCGCCCAAGGAGGCGGCCGUCAUGUGCGAGCAGUGCGACGUCUUCUACUGCGAUCCCUGCCGGCUCCGGUGCCACCCGCCGCGGGGCCCGCUGGCCAAGCACCGCCUGGUGCCCCCGGCACAGGGUCGUGUCAGCCGCCGCCUCAGCCCCCGCAAGAUCUCCACCUGUACCGACCAUGAGCUGGAGAACCACAGCAUGUACUGCGUGCAGUGCAAGAGCCCCGUCUGCUACCAGUGCCUGGAGGAGGGCAAGCAUUCCAGCCACGAAGUCAAGGCCCUGGGCGCUAUGUGGAAGCUCCACAAGAGCCAGCUUUCCCAAGCCCUGAAUGGGUUGUCAGACAGAGCCAAGGAAGCAAAAGAGUUCCUGGUCCAGCUCCGCAACAUGGUGCAGCAAAUCCAGGAGAACAGUGUGGAGUUCGAGGCCUGCCUGGUGGCCCAGUGUGACGCCCUCAUUGAUGCCCUCAACAGAAGGAAAGCCCAGUUGCUGUCCCGGGUCAACAAGGAGCACGAGCACAAGUUGAAG